AUGAAGCGUAAAGUAUCUCUCUGCUUGUUCAACUUGUUGCUCCUGAAAUUAUGUAUGGGAAUUCCAGACGGCCUGGAUUCUGUGUCUGUCACAAAUCCGUUCAACGUUUCGAUGAUUGAAGCUCAAGGACCAUGGAGCGAAAUUCUGGAAAAUUGGAUCGUUUCUGACACAAAGUUGGCGAGAACGUCGAAGGUGAUGAAGUUGGGAGAGAAAAGUUUGACUGUAUCUAGCAAAAUAUCAACGCCGAAUAAACGAGAAGUCUCUGAGACCGACUUGUAUUUGCUUGGCGCCAUAGAGAAGCUCGUCUACAGAGUGGACUUCCUAGAGAAUCGAUUGAGAAGAGCAGAAGAGCUACUGUACUAUGUGAUUUCUGGAAACAUCAAUAAAAAGGAAUCCUGCCCCUCUAAUUACACCAAAAUCGGUCAGAAUUGCUACCACUUCAGUAACCGUGACUUCGAUUGGAAGUCUUCAGCCAGCCUUUGCCGAGGAAUGGGCGGUCAUUUGCUGGAAUUCGAUACGAACGACGAGAAACGAGAUCUACUGGCCAGUUUACAAACUAAUUCCAAGUUAAAGGGUAAAACUUUCUGGACGGGGGGUUUAAAUCCGGGUCUGCUUUGGAUCUGGGCAAGUAGCGCCAAACCGGUUUAUCAGAACACCAAGCAAACUGUGCCUGGUGAUGGCAGGUGCUUAAAAUUGGCCUUCAACGCAACAUCCAGGCUGUACACAUACCAAAGCGAUGAUUGCGGCGCAAGACACAGAUACGCAUGCAAAUUAAACGUAGACGACGAGUCCGCGAACAAGAUUGAGAAAACCGCGCGAAUGUUGAUGAGUGGAGAAGAUUAG